AUGGUAAUAAAUUGGAAUGAAGUGAUUAAAGGAGCGGAAAGAUAUCACAGGUUGAUGAUUUUUGAGUCGUUUUUUUCAUUGUUAAUUUUGGGGUAUUUUUACUUUUAUCAAUCUUUGGUCCAAAAAAUAUUAGCAUUUCCGAAAAUCUAUGUUGAAAAAUAUUUAUAUGUUUUUGUGCAUCUGACUGGUGUUGACAAACGGUAUUUAUCAGGAGCUAUAUUAUUACGGUACGAAUUCGGACAUAACCGCCAGAAACAAAGAAGCGUAAAUAUCUCCUAUCGUUUCUGCAAUAAUCAAGUUAAGACCAAUGCAGAAGGAGAUAAUGAUGAAUUCAUUUCUUCAUCAAUAAUCACUGACCACUUGCAAAUCCGAGUCUUUAGAUCAAACAAAAAGAAAAUGUUUCGUUCAGUUCUGGUAAAGAGCUCAUAUUGUUUAAUGCUGGGAAUAAAAUUUAUUCGGAUCCAAGCAUUUCCAUUUGGAGGUGUUUUUAUCGCUGUGCGUCCUAUAUCCAUGGAAAAUUUUGUUGUUUUGUUUAAUGACGUUUUAAUUUACUUUAUAAAAUUAACAUUUUUCCUUACUUUAUAUAACUAG